AGUCAAUUCAUGUUUUUUGAGUUGCCUAAUCUCUAUGAUUUCCUGAAUUUCAUUCUCUGAUUUCAGGUUAUAAACUUAUUUUUAAGAAAAUGUAUUUUAAAUAAACAUGUCAAAAGAAUCCCUUUUAAAACAAUUCAAACAAGAUGUGAAGAAUAUAAAGAAAAAAGCCAGAGAACUGGGUGUAAAUGACGAACAAGUAACCAAUAUUUUAAAAGAAUCUUUUGACGAAUUUGCAAGGAAAGAACAAGGCUCAAAAUUAAGCAACAAACUUAUGAAACUUGCUCAAAAAUUACGAAGAAACGUUCUUAAAUGUUGUACAGUAUUAAUUGUGUGUUUUAGUCUUUCUUUAUAUGUUUUAUUACAUGUGCACACCCCAACUUCCAGUAUAGUUUUAAGAAAUGUGCAAGGCCUUACUUAUCCGGCUUUAAAAGUUGUUCGAACAUUAUCUGUGCCAUUUAUUAAGCUAUUUCCUUCAUUAACAGAUUUGUAUGAUGAAAGUUGCUUGGUUGAAAAUCCAUAUUUUUAUGUUAAUGAUAUGGAAUGCUGGCCUUGUGAAAAUGUUCACUCGGUUAUUGAUCUAACAGGUUUGGAAGAGCUGAAUAGUUUUACUAAAAUUGGGGAAGGGACCCCUUUCAUAGCAAAGGGCAAACAAAAUGCUGUAUCCUGGAAGGACCUUCAAAUUCUUUAUAGUAACUUUACAAAUGAACUGAAUUCUGAUUCAAGAAGACUGAAAACAUCAAAUAAAAAUGUAAAAGAUCUUAAAUCUUUAUUUGAUACUGAUGAACAUGAUUUGUCUUCCAACAUUCAUAUCCAAUGGAGAAUUAACAAAAUGACUGCCGCUAGAAUUAUAAGGAAAUUAUUUCCUAAGCCAUAUUUCCUUCCUGAAAGGUCUGGACAAGCAGUUGAAAGAUUUUUAAUAGUAGACAGUCCAGAAUCGGAACCAUAUAACCUGCCAAACACUGAAUGUAGUUAUGUGUUCAUUAUACAGGGUUCAGGAGAAAGAACUAUCAAUCUAAAACCAUCCAAAGAAUGCAAAAAUACCUGUAAACCGAUAUCUGUUGUUUUAAAGCCAACCUAUAUCUUAUUAUACAAUUGGUGGUAUUGGAGACCUGUAAGUCUUCCAUCAAAAAAUGCAACAAAUCUAUCCAUAUCUUACAUAAAUUCUUACUGUUAGGUUUUUAAGAUGUCAAUUUUUAAAUUAUAUACCUUUUUAAUUAUAUACAUUUAUUCUUUUUUA